AUGCCCAUCUCUCAUGAAAUUAAACCCCCAAAAGGUUCAAAACAAGUGGCACGAAAGCGCAAGAGGGAUAGCACUUCAAGUGAACAUUCAAUCCCAACAUCUUCUCCUGAAAGUGGCAAAAGGAAUAAACGAGCUACGAGAGCAUGCGAGCGCUGUCGCAAUAAAAAGAUAAAAUGUGAUAUUGAACGCGACAUUGCUUGCAAUGCAUGUGUCGAUGCAAAUGUGGUAUGUGAGGCGGGCAACGGAAAGCAUACCGAAGACAAAAAGUAUCCUCCGGGAUACACUGAAUCCCUAGAGAAUACCUACCAAGCAAUGAUACUUGUUGUAGACAAGCUCUGGCGGAUGUUGAAGAACGGGGAGGAGUGGACUUUUGCAGAGCCUCGGAUGAAGGACGAAGGAAAAGGUCCUGUGGUCAUCCAUGAUAUAGCUCAGGCACUGGGAUGCAUCCGAAAUGCAUCUAGCCUUCCUGAGUCUUUCGUUGAGGACGCACCAGCUCUAUUGACUCGAUUAUCAUUAGAAGAGAAAAUGAUAAUCAAGCAGGAACCUCCGACAGAAGUCACCAUAUCUACCGAAGAACCUUCACCGGAAUUUCAAAUCAAAUCGCCCAAAUCCUCGCCUGAAUUCAAAGUUGAAUCACCUCUGAAUUAUCCAUGCCAGUUCCCCCAGAUUUCCGAAAUAGACCUAAUCAACCAAACUAAGUCUUCGUUUACACUUCAGUUUCAACCAUCGAACAAUCCUCCAUCACUAGCAUCAAUUUCGAGAUUAGCAGCCAGAGAUCAAAAACUCAGCGCUUCUAGAAUGUCACUUGUGUCUUUUAUUGGAUCUAAAAGUAAGAAUCAAGUGCCCAACGUCAACAUGUCCCACUCGCAUGUGAUCGAUAAGCUAGCAUCAAACUUCCCCUCUGAUUAUACCUUCAACAAACGAGUGAUUCAGGGCACCAUGGCCCACCGCCGAGCACCUGGUUUAACGAUACAACCACAAUCUUAUCAUUUUCAAGAAAUAUCUGCAUUAUCCGCCUCAUCUACAGUAUCAUCGCUCUCGCCUACCUACUCCACAGACUCGCUGUUUCAAUCUAACGUCUCACCGUUCUCGCCUGCUGCCUACCAAGCAAACUCGCCAUUAUCCUCUUCCGGAGAUUCUUACCAAGUAGACUGUUCCAUGUCUUCAUCGCCAUACCUAUCCACCUUGCACGAGGAUCCAUAUUUAUCCCCUAUCCAGUGUUUCGACAACUUUUCCAAUCCGCAUUUCCACGAGCAUAAUACGUCAUUGUUCGAUGAACAAGCUGCUAGCGACUCCUUUGACGGAUCACCUUGCUUUGGGAAUUCGGAUUCUUCAUAUCAAUAUGGAACAGGCUUUGGUGAUCUGAAUGGGCUUUGCUUUUCGGCCGAAGAUGAACUUAUCCACCGGGACCUGAUGAAUAACACUUGA